CAUGCCUUCAGCUUACCUACAUCUCCAACCUGUCUGGCCACUUUCAACCUACGAAAAUAUAAAAAAGAAAGUCUUUCGUUUAAAGUUCAUGAAUUAGGUUUAUUUUUGUCUUAAAUCUUUUUUUUUUUAAUCUCAGUGUCCCCGAUUAUGCUGAGUUAUUAACUGUUAUUAAUAACAUAUUCAGAGCAUUAAGCUAUUAUUAUUUACUAAAUAAUCACUAUUAAAUGCGCAAUUACGAAUGAUAGAUCAAUUGUCUGAAUGUGUAGUUUUAUAAGAGAAAAAGUUUUAAUUUUUUUUAUACACUCGACGCGUGCCAGUCGUUAUUUGUACCGUUAAUUCACAGCUAUUAUACUUAGGUUAUCCUGUUUGAUUCUAGUGCAACAAAAGAUUAUUCAGUUGUUUUGAGAUAAUUAUUGCAUGGCUAUGAUUAUGGUUAAAUUGCCAUAAAAAUGAAAAUAAAAAGAAAAAGUUUAAAUGUCGUUUAUUUUUAAAAUUUCAUUAUUUGUAUUAGGAUGCAAUAUUAUCAAUAAAUUAAGAACAAAAAAAAGAUGUUAAGUUAUGAAAAUUAAUUGACGCCUACAUAUUUUUCACGGUCAAUAUCUUCACACAAGUUCGCAAUGAUGAUCAAACCGUCAAUUAUAUUAUAUAAUUAUAGCAGAUUACUUUUAAUGAAUUAUAUGAGCAUAAGGGUUUCGAAACGUCUACUACUCAGUCUACAUUCAGAUAGCAAGUCUUCAGAAUCAUGGAGACAAAAGGCUCGAUAAGAAACACGUGGAAGAAAUGUAAAGACUCAAGUUUCUGUAACAGUUUUCACUUUGAACAAAUAUUUUACCGUAUAGGAUUAAGUAUAGGAAACAAACCUUGGCUAUGGUUAAUAGCUUCUUUAUGCAUAAGUGGUGCCUGUGGUCCUGGACUAUUUUUUUGGAAAGAAGGAGUUGAUGAUGUUGAGCUGUACAUUCCGGAAAAUUCUGUAGUGCGCUCUGAUGCAAUGUGGGUUAAAGAAAAUUUUAAAAAUGACCUAAAAUAUGAGAGUAUUAUUAUAACUGCACCAAAUGUUCUAGAGCCUGAAGUACUUUAUGCGAUAGAUGAAAUUGAAAAUAGUAUUGAAAAUAUCAUUGUAAAUAAUCAAACAUGGCAUGAUGUUUGUGCUGGAUAUCUUACAUGGUUUCAAAAUGAUAAUUCUAUUGAUAAAGAAGAUUUUCCUAAUGAAGGACUUGUAGCUUUAAAAAGUAUAAUGCCUGAAAAAAGUUGUAUUUAUCAAUCAAUAUUAAAACUUUGGAAGGUAAAUGGAGUUGACAUUAGUAGUUUGACAAAAGAAAGAAUACUGGAUGAUAUAACGACAGCACUGAAAGCCAGAGAUAAAGGAAAUUUAUUAACAGACAUUGCACCGUUACUCUCACGGAUAGAGAGCGAUAAAAAUACCGGAAAAGUAAUUGGUGCUAAAGCAAUAUUAUUAAACUGGAUGUUGAAAAAAUCGAAUCAGCAUUCUCCAGAUUGGGAACUAGAAUUUAUCAAAAGAGCACUAUUUUCGAAUUAUUCCUUACCAGAAGGCGUAAAAAUUUAUGCCAUCACCUCACGAAGUUUCAAAGACGUCUUAUUUCAAGUUUUACACAAUAAUUUUGCUAUUUUAUUUUGUGGUUUGGCACUGAUCAUUGUUUACGUUAUGAUAAUGAUAGGAAAAUGCAAUCAAGUUCAACAAAGAAUUUACCUCUCUUUGAUGGGAGUAUCUGUUGUUGGUCAAGCAAUUUUAUCGUCUUACGGUGUUUGUUUUUACAUGGGUUAUUCUUAUGGUCCCAUUCAUCCUGUUCUUCCAUUUUUACUUCUUGGCAUUGGAGUUGAUGACAUGUUUGUAAUCAUCCAAAGCUUAGAGAGUCUUACACAAACUAAAAAAAAAUUAAAAGUUCCUGAACGUAUUGCACAAACACUUCAACAGUCAGGAAUGUCGAUAGCAAUUACAUCUUUGACAAAUAUAGUAGCAUUUGCUAUUGGAAUCACCACUGUUAUGCCUUUUCUAGAAUCAUUUUGCGCAUUUGCAACCAUGGGAAUAUUUUUUUUAUUUAUUUUUGAGAUAAUGUUCUUCAUAAGUUGUCUGGUAUUAGAUGAAAGAAGAUUGGAAUUAGCAAAAGAUGGAUGUUGUUGUCAAUCAAAACCUAAUUGGAAGCCUAAUACAUGUAGCCAACGUAAUUUACAACAUGAUGUUUUUAUAAAAAUUAUUGGUCCAAUCGCUAUGAAACCAAAGAUAAAAAUUUUCAUCAUAUUGUUGACGAUCUUUCUGUUUGGUAUUAAUAUUUGGGGAGUAUAUAAUUUGGAAAGCAAUUAUGAUCCAUUAAUGUACUUAAAUAAAGAGUCUUAUCCUCUGCAAUUUAGUGAGAAACUAAUUGAAUAUUUUCCAAGAUACGGAAAAUUAGCUAAUAUUUAUUUAGCUGGUGUAGAUUACUACGAAGAUAGAGAAGCACUUUCACAAUUAUUUCAAGAACUCAGUCAAAAUCCUUAUAUUAAUAACAAAACUUUGAAUCCUUGGUUUAUUGCUUAUGACAAAUGGCUAAUUAACACUACAAAAGAUAUUGAUAGAGAUGAAUACUUUGGAUCUCUAUCAGAAUUUUUAUUAACUAGAAAAGGACAAUCUUAUGUUAAAGAUAUAAAAUUUAAUCGAUUACCAAUAGUUGAUUACAAUAUUACGACUUCAAAAAUUCAAAUACAGCAUGUCCAUAUGAACACAACGACUGAUCAAGUUAAAGCAAUGAGAAUGAUUCGAGAGAUUAUGAAAUCAAUUAAUUUUACCCAAGGCAUUGAACAUUUUGCUAUUUUUUCACAAGAUUAUAUAUCAUGGACAGCAAAUCAGAUUAUUGGAGGAGAGUUGAUACGAAAUUUAUGCCUAGAAAUUUUUGCUAUUGGUUUGGUGUCUAUUUUGGUACUACGUGAUUUGAAAGUAUCUAUAUGGGUGAUAUGCUGUGUUCUACUUACAUUAGUGGAUUUAUUAGGGUCUAUGCAUUAUUUAGGAUUGACUAUUGAAAUUUCUACCAGUAUUAUUAUUCUUUUGUGCGCUGGAUUAUCUGUUGAUUAUGCAGCUCAUGUAGGACUUGAAUUUACUCUGCUCAAAGGAACGAAAAAUGAAAGAUCCAUCACUACGCUAGGAAUCAUAGGUCCUGCUGUGUUUAAUGGUGGUUUCAGUACUUUUUUAGCAUUUGUUCUACUUGCUACAAGUAAAGCAUACUUAUUUAGUACUUUUUUUAAACUUUUUACAUUAGUUGUGAUGUAUGGUCUAUUCCAUGGUUUAUUAUUUUUGCCAGUCGUGUUGAGCAUAUUUGGACCAAACAAUAAAAAUGAACUUGAAGUUAAAAUUGAUAGUAUGUCUUGGGAUCCUAAAGACUCAAACAAACUUUCUACAAUUCCACUCUAAAUGAAAAAAAAAAAAUAAAAA